GUGGCCGACGCCUCCAUGGUCCGCAAGUACGGGAAGGGGCUGCAGCACUACCUGCUCACCUUGGCCUCCAUAGCCUCCCGGCUGUACGCCCAUGCCAGCCUGGAGAAUCACGUCCGCCUGGCUGUGGUGAAGGUGGUGGCCCUCGGCGAGAAGGAGAAGGGGCUGGAGGUCAACAGGAACGCCGCCACCACUCUCAAGAACUUCUGCAAGUGGCAGCACCAGCACAACCGCCUUGACGAUGACCAUGAUGAGCACUAUGAUGCUGCCAUCCUCUUCACCCGCGAGGAUUUAUGUGGGCAUCAUUCAUGUGAUACUCUGGGAAUGGCAGACGUUGGGACCAUAUGCUCUCCUGAGCGCAGCUGUGCAGUGAUUGAAGAUGACGGCCUCCAUGCAGCUUUUACAGUGGCUCACGAAAUUGGCCACUUGCUUGGGCUUUCCCAUGAUGACUCCAAAUUUUGUGAGGAGAACUUUGGCUCCAUGGAAGAUAAGCGUCUCAUGUCCUCCAUUCUGACUAGCAUCGAUGCCUCAAAACCCUGGUCCAAAUGCACUUCAGCAACUAUAACAGAGUUUUUUGAUGAUGGUCAUGGUAACUGUUUGCUGGACCAACCAAGAAAGCACAUCCUGGGGCCCGAGGAGCUACCAGGACAAACCUACGAUGCCAUUCGUCAGUGCAAACUGGCAUUUGGAUCUGAAUACACAGUGUGUCCUGGUAUGGAUGUGUGCUCUCGCCUCUGGUGUGCAGUUGUGCGCCAAGGUCAGAUGGUUUGUCUGACUAAGAAGCUGCCUGCUGUGGAGGGAACACCAUGUGGAAAAGGGAGGAUCUGCCUCCAGGGAAAAUGUGUUGACAAAACCAAGAAGAAAUACUACUCAGCUUCAAGUCAUGGUAACUGGGGGUCCUGGGGACCUUGGGGACAGUGCUCCCGUACCUGUGGCGGAGGAGUUCAGUUUGCUUAUCGUCACUGCAAUAACCCAGCUCCUAGAAACAAUGGCCGGUACUGCACUGGCAAGAGGGCCAUCUACCGCUCCUGCAAUGUCACACCCUGCCCAGCAAAUGCUAAAUCUUUUAGACAAGAGCAGUGUGAAGCAAGGAAUGGCUAUCAAUCUGACGCAAAGGGAGUCAAGACAUUUGUUGAAUGGGUCCCCAAGUACGCUGGAGUACUUCCCGGAGACGUUUGCAAGCUCACCUGCCGAGCCAAAGGAACUGGAUAUUAUGUGGUGUUUUCUCAGAAGGUAACUGAUGGUACUGAAUGUCGACCAUAUAGUAAUUCAGUCUGUGUGCGGGGAAAAUGCAUCCGAACUGGUUGCGAUGGCAUCAUCGGUUCAAAGCUCCAGUAUGACAAAUGUGGCGUGUGUGGAGGAGAUAAUUCCAGCUGCACGAAAAUCAUGGGAACCUUUACCAAAAAGAGCAAGGGCUACACAGAUGUAGUGAAAAUCCCAGAAGGGGCAACCCACAUCAAAGUUCGGCAGUUCAAGACUAAGGACCAGAGCAGGUUCACUGCCUACCUGGCCCUGAAAAAGAAAAAUGGUGAGUACCUUGUAAAUGGAAAAUACAUGAUCUCCACUUCAGAAACAAUCAUUGAUAUCAACGGGACUGUCAUGAACUACAGUGGCUGGAGUCACAAAGAUGAUUUCUUGCACGCAAUGGGACACUCUGCGACAAAAGAGAUUCUUAUCGUGCAGAUACUUGCAACUGAUCCAACUCAACAAGUGGAUGUCCGUUACAGUUUCUUCGUGCCAAAGAAGCAAGGACAAAUGACUAACUCUGUCACCAGCAGUGGCAGCAGCAGCAAAGUACCUCCACAGCUCAUGCAACCCCGCUGGGUUACGGGGCCGUGGCUUUCUUGUUCUCGAACAUGUGACACAGGAUGGCACACCAGGACUGUCCAGUGCAAAGAUGGGCAUGGAAAAUUAGCUAAGGGAUGUCUUCUCUCCCAGAGACCAUCAGCAUUUAAACAGUGCUUGUUGAAAAAGUGUUAA